ACGACCAAGCUUAUAUUGCUUGAUUCACUUCUAGAAGAGAUUAGACGAUACAUUCAAGAUGAGUGAACGGUUUGAACCCCCUCUUAUUCAGGACAAUGCUAGCGGCUGGGGACCUAAUACUAUCCCACUCCAGUUUAAAGAUAUGCCGUAUCAACCCUUCAGCAAGUCGGACAGACUUGGAAAGGUCUCAGAUUGGACGGGAGCAACCUACCAGGAUAGAAGGCAUAUGAAUAAAUAUACUUCGCAAUUCCAAGGAGGACAGCAGUACUCGUACUACCAUGAAGAAGAUGAAUCCAGUUUCCAGUUGGUUGAUACUGCUCGAACAAUGAAACCGAUGUAUGGACGAGGCCGUGGUAGAGGUGGAUUCAGGGGCAGGUGGAAUACGUUUAAACCUGUUGUAACUCCCCAGCUACAAACAUUGACCAAGGCGCAGAAAAUCAAAGAAAGGGAUCGUCAGCGUCAAGUCCGUAAGUGGCAGAAGCAGCAGGCUGGCCGGCAGAACUAUCAGCGGCAGAUGCCGAUCAAGUCCAGGGAAGCAUCCGUCACUGUGAAGGCAGACUGGAUCGUUAUAGAGGAAAUGGAUUUUGUUCGGAUGGGAAAGCUUGCUUUACCCAAUAUUGCUGAACCAGUUGAUCUGGUACAAGCGGGUAGUUUAGAGUAUUAUGACAAGGCAUACGACAGGAUGAACGUAAAAACUGAGAAAGCUCUUCAAAGAAUUGACCGGAUAUUCCACACUGUAACAACUACAGAUGAUCCUGUCAUCAGGAAACUGGUGAAGGCGGAACCGAAGGCGAAUGUGUUUGUAACUGAUGCUAUCCUGGCAACCCUGAUGUGUGCAACUAGAUCUCAGUACUCCUGGGAUAUUGUUGUUGAUAAAAUCGGUGGAAAGAUUUUCUUCGAUAAGCGUGAAAACACUGAGUUCGAUCUUCUGACCGUGAGUGAGACGAGUUCUGAGCCUCCUCAGGAUGAAGGUGGAAGCACGAACAGUCCGAGGAACCUGGCUCUGGAGGCGACCUUUGUCAACCAUAACUUCAGUCAGCAGGUUCUGAAAACUGGAGAGGAAAGAUUCAAGUUCGACGAGGAUAAUCCUUUCGUCGACGCCGACGAAGAAGGAGAGGUUGCAAGUGUAGCGUACCGAUAUAGGAAAUGGGAACUUGGAAACGAUCUUGUUCUAGUCUGUAGAUGUGAAUUGGAUGCUGUACAACAGGGAUCUAACAACGAGACUCAAUUCGUCAACAUCAAAGCUCUCAAUGAGUGGGAUUCAAGAUUCUCCGGCGGAGUGGAUUGGAGACAGAAGUUGGAUACACAGAGAGGAGCUGUACUAGCAAACGAGUUGAAGAACAACGCCUGCAAGCUGGCCAAGUGGACUGUUCAAGCAAUCCUUGCUGGAGCAGACAACCUCAAGUUUGGAUAUGUUACUCGGUUUAACGUGAAGGAUUNUUCUCAUCAAAACCCGGAAUGCGUUUCAACUGGUUUUAUCAUUUCAACUACGAUGAGUGAUUUGACCUGUUGGUUGUGUCUUGAUUUGACUUUUACAUUUAUUUGCAGCAUGGACAACGCUUGGGGAGUUAUACGUUGUAUCCUGGAUAUCAUCAUGCAACAGAAGGACGGAAAGUAUCUGAUAGUGAAGGAUCCUAACAAGACUCUCCUCCGACUCUACGAUAUCCCGGACAAUACCUUCGACAGCGAUGACAGCGAGGAGGAAAGCGAAGAAGAUCCCGAUAACAUUGAAACAGCUCUGCGUGCUUAACCAGAACUGUCCGGAGAAGAGUAGAAAAAGAGGAGGAUCUAUAUAUCUUCGUUUAAUUCAGAUUUGUACUCUUCGUCAUUCAAGAGAUUGUACUCUGAUUAGUACAACCAAAUUUUGUGAAGAGAACAUGAACUGUUUAUGACGGAGCAUUGUUCCUGUUGGUUUUUGUAUUCUGUAAACUAUAUAAUAUUGUAAUAUUGUAUUAUUCUGAAUAGUUCUGCUUUUAACGUCCUUGAAUAUAUCUGAAUAAUUGAAUAUAUCUAUGCUAAUCUCGAA